AUCGCCUCUUUAAGAAAUCACUUAUCCUUUGGCUUCACUAUUUCACAGUCCUCUUUCUAACAAAUUUCCUGCAUUUCUGGAGAUUGAAAAUUAUUGCAGGGAGGUGGGGCUGUAGUAGAAAUAAGCAAAGGUCACGCCCCAGGAGUUGGGGGCUUCUGGGACAAGGAUAAUUUCCUGCCUUCUUAAAUUGGCUACCAAAAUCAGUCACUGCUCCCGACCCCAGAGCUUUAGUUAGCUGCGCUUUCCUAAUUGCGCGAGAGCACUGGGCGACAAAGAGUUAUGGAGAAGCGCCUGCAGGAAGCUCAGCUGUACAAGGAGGAAGGGAACCAGCGCUACCGGGAAGGGAAGUACCGAGAUGCUGUGAGUAGGUACCAUCGAGCUCUGCUUCAGCUGCGGGGUCUGGCUCCAAGUCUGCCUUCCCCAAUACCUAAUCUAGGGCCCGAGGGCCCGGCUCUUACACCUGAACAAGAAAACAUACUGCACACCACCCAGACAGACUGCUACAACAAUCUAGCUGCCUGUCUCCUUCAGAUGGAGCCAGUAAACUACGAACGAGUGAGAGAAUACAGUCAGAAAGUCCUGGAACGACAGCCUGAUAAUGCCAAGGCCUUGUAUCGGGCUGGAGUAGCCUUUUUCCAUCUGCAGGACUAUGACCAGGCUCGCUACUACCUCCUGGCUGCCGUCAAUAGGCAGCCUAAAGAUGCCAAUGUCCGGCGGUACCUCCAGCUGACACAGUCUGAACUUAACAGCUACCAUAGGAAAGAGAAGCAGCUGUAUCUGGGCAUGUUUGGUUAAUGAAGAAAGAUGCUCCUCCACUUGAACUUAGGCGGACCAUUAAAGACCCAUCAAGGGGAAACCUGAGCCUCAGCAAGAUAAAUUAACUCUGUACCUCCAACCCAGGUGGAUUUGUUUGUUCCCAGUUCUGCGCAGACUCUUUACUACUUAAACAGCCUGUGUCUUUUUCUGUGUAAAUAUCUGUAUAUUUGCAUAGCCUCCAAUACAUAUUAUUGUUAGGGAUAUUUGUGUUCAGAAAUACAACCAGAAAACAU